UAAUAUAAAUAAAUGAGUUCUAUAGAUUACGAUAAAACUUUUGAUGCCACUUUAGUGAAAAGAGAUUAGAUUACACAUGAUACUUAUUUGUUUGGGUUUCAAAGUGAUGUUGAUAUUUAAUUAGAGCCAGCUGAACAUUUUCAGAUUUUGUAAAAUCUCUAUUUAUUUAUACAAGAAUGAAAGAUUCAGAUGGAAUUGAUAUUAAUAGAAACUAUACCCCUAUUCUUUCUUAAAAAGUAAAUAUGAAUAUUUAAUUUAGCGUUAUUUUGAAGUACCAAUUAAAAUAUACCCAUAAGGGUCAUUGACUCCAAUUUUAGCUAAGAUGAGUAUUAAUACUAGAUUAUAAAUGUAAAGGAAAAUAGGGAAAUUAGCUUAUGUAGGAGCAAAUAAAUUUAUAAUAGCGUAAAAUGUUUUUAGUUAUUAAUAAGCCCAAAAAUCAAUAAACAAUUUUAAAUUUUUAAGACUAUUUUAAUGAUUUGUGGAGGAACAGGUAUUACUCCUGCCUAUUCGAUAAUCAAACAUGUUUGCUAGAAUAAGGAUCCUCUUUAAAUGCAUCUAUUAUAUGCCAACAAAACAUCUUAAGACAUCUUAUUAAAAGAUUAAAUAUCAAAGCUUUAAAAUGAAUGUCCUAAUUUAAAAGUUACUCAUAUUUUAGAUAAAGAACCUGGAUAUAAUGGAUUAUAAGGUUAUGUUUCUCUGAAUGUUUUAAAAAGUGUCUUCCCUUCUCCUAAUAGCGAAACUAUAGGAACUUAUUGUGGACCUACAGCUAUGAAUAAAGUUGUAGCUGAAUUGUAUAAAAACUACAAUCUAUAAACUGUAGUGAAAUUCUGAG